AUGUGUCCACUGAUUAAAACAGAGUAUGUGUAUGAGGAUGAUAGUGAUGACUGUCCUCAGGUUAUCUCCAAAGAAGUCCCACUUGCCACCACUGAAUUAGCAAAGCUGAGAAAAGAUUUCACAAGAUCUGCAAAGGAAUCAGAGAUGGAGUAUGUGUGGAGAGUGUCUUUGUCAGGAGGGGAUGGAAUCUUGUCAUCAGAGAAAGAAGCAGAAGGAUAUUGGGGUCUGGGUGUGUUUCUGACCACCAGUGAUCACCUAGCACCAUGGUCAUUGACUCAGACAGCUGUGUAUUGGGCCAGAGGCCUGAAUCCCUUGGAGAGGGGAGAUGCCCUGGCCAUAACAGGGACGGUGGAUCAGUUAGUGGAAAGCGUGCAAAAGGCAGACUGUCUCCAGAUGCUGUAUAAUUGGGAGCUCAAGCCCAACCAGGGUUCUCCAGUGAUGCUGCCUGUGGACCCAGAGAAGAAGACCCCCCUGAUAGAAGGAUUUUCUGACUCCCUGAAACCCAUUGGGAUUCCGUUGCAAGGGAUUCAAAACAUCCUCGAUGGAGAAAGAAUUACCACUGCUCUGGAGGGGACAGUGACCCCUGACUGGGGGCCAGAGAAGAAAGUAGGGACAUGGAGAGAGAUAGCCCAGGAGUUGAUUAAUUUUGGGAAAAAAUAUGGACCUGUUGGCAAAUUGUCCCAAAGAACUCAAACCAGGAUCGUACGGGCUGCAGAACAGGUUAGUGGACAGCAAUCACCUCCUGGCAAGGCUCAAGACUGA